GCCACUCGGUGUGUCGCUGAGACCGGCUUUCUGUGCUUCACAUCAGGAGGCUGGCCCCGAGUCACCAUCACACCACUCUCUCAAUAAUCAUACUCCUACCGGCUCAAGCUCCGUUGCACCAUGCUGACCCGUCUGUUCCGAUUGCACGGCCUCCUGGUGGCCUCCCACCCCUGGGAGGUGAUCGUUGGCACAGUCACCCUCACCAUCUGUAUGAUGUCCAUGAACAUGUUCACCGGCAAUGACCAGAUCUGUGGCUGGAACUUCGACUGCCCCAAAACAGAGGAACAAAUUCUGAGUAGUGAUAUCAUCAUCCUGACCAUCACACGCUGCAUCGCCAUUGUCUAUAUUUACUUCCAGUUCCAGAACUUGAGACAACUGGGGUCCAAAUAUAUUUUAGGCAUUGCUGGCCUCUUCACCAUCUUCUCCAGCUUCGUAUUCAGCACAGUGGUCAUUCAUUUUCUUGAUAAAGAGCUCACAGGCCUCAAUGAGGCUUUGCCAUUCUUCCUGCUUCUCAUCGACCUCUCCAAAGCAUGCGCUCUCGCUAAGUUCGCCUUAAGCUCCAGUUCUCAGGAUGAAGUGAGGGACAACAUUGCUCGUGGCAUGGCAGUACUGGGACCUACCUUCACUCUGGAUGCUCUGGUGGAGUGCUUAGUGAUCGGAGUGGGAACCAUGUCAGGUGUGCGGCAGUUGGAAAUCAUGUGCUGCUUCGGCUGCAUGUCCGUCUUGGCCAACUACUUUGUGUUCAUGACUUUCUUCCCUGCGUGCGUCUCACUUGUGCUGGAGCUGUCCCGUGAGAGUCAGGAGGGCCAUCCUAUCUGGCAGCUGAGCCACUUCUCCAGAGUGAUGGAGGAGGAGGAGGACAACAAACCCAAUCCUGUGACGCAGAGAGUCAAAAUGAUCAUGUCUCUGGGCCUGGUGAUGGUUCACGCCCACAGCCGCUGGAUCGCUGAGCCCCUGUCCUUCAACACCACAGUGGGGAUCCCACAGGUGGGCAUGGAGCUGGACAACCUCUCUCCCAGGAGGAUUGAGCCAGAGACACCACUCUGGCACUUCUACCUCACCAGGAUGAUAACCAUGGACAUCGAGCAGGUCAUCUGUCUGGCCUUGGCCCUGCUGCUGGCCAUCAAGUACAUCUUCUUUGAGCAGGUCGAGAUGGAGUCUACUCUGUCACUGAAGAACCCCAUCACUAUGUCUGCCCCCACCGUGACCCCACGACGGUCUGCUGAGACCUGCUGCAGGAAGGAGCUGUGCACACCCCGCCCUCUCGCACCUGCCCAGAGCGUGGCUGCCCCGCCACCUGCCAACCAGACUGAGAAAGAGGAGGUUAUCCGGCCCCUUUCUGCCCCGCCCGCUGAUCCCCAGCCAAAGAGCUUCUUUGUGGUGGGGGAGGAAGACGAGAGGCUCAAGUCUGAAACUGAACAGCCUAGCCUUCCUCAGAAGCCCAGAGACCUGGACGAAUGUGUGGCCAUCCUCAAUAACCCAGAGCUGGGGGCUCGUUUCCUGAGUGAUGCUGAGGUGAUGCGGCUCGUCAACUCCAAACACAUCCCUGCAUACAAACUGGAGGCCAUGAUGGAGAGACCAGAGAGAGGAGUGGCCAUAAGGAGACAGAUGAUAUCUGCCAAACUUCCCUCUCCCUCUGCCCUGUCCACCCUGCCUUACACCGACUACGACUACUCCAAGGUGAUGGGCACCUGCUGUGAGAAUGUGAUUGGCUACAUGCCCGUACCAGUAGGUGUGGCUGGACCACUGCAUCUGGAUGGGAAGCAGUUCCAGGUUCCCAUGGCGACCACAGAGGGCUGCUUGGUUGCCAGCACCAACCGCGGUUGUCGAGCAAUCGCUCUUGGAGGCGGAGCCAGCUGCCGUAUCCUGGCUGACAGCAUGACUCGAGGACCCGUGGUGAGGCUGCCCACUGCCUGCCAGGCUGCUGAGGUCAAGGCCUGGCUAGAAAGUGCCGACGGUUUCCAGGCCAUCAAAGAGGCCUUCGACAACACUAGCAGGUUUGCUCGGCUCCAGAAGCUGCUGGUUGGUCUUGCUGGAAGAAAUCUCUACAUCCGCUUCCAUUCCAAGACUGGAGACGCCAUGGGGAUGAAUAUGAUUUCUAAGGGUACAGAGCAGGCUCUGAGCAGGCUGCAGCAGGACUUCCCAGAGCUGCAGGUGGUGGCUGUCAGUGGAAACUACUGCACCGACAAGAAACCAGCCGCCAUCAACUGGAUCGAAGGCCGGGGCAAGUCUGCUGUGUGUGAGGCCACCAUCCCCGCUAAAGUGGUCAGAGAGGUGUUGAAAACGACGACAGAAGCUCUGGUGGAGGUGAACAUCAGUAAGAACCUGGUGGGCUCGGCCAUGGCAGGCAGCAUCGGUGGAUUCAAUGCACACGCAGCCAACCUGGUGGCUGCCAUCUACAUCGCCUGUGGACAGGAUCCCGCCCAGUCAGUAGGCAGCAGUAACUGCAUCACACUGAUGGAGGCGUCAGGACCGACAGGAGAGGACUUAUACAUCAGCUGCACCAUGCCCUCUAUAGAGCUCGGCACUGUGGGAGGAGGCACCAACCUGCCCCCUCAGCAAGCCUGCCUCCAGAUGCUGGGUGUGCAGGGAGCCAGUCAGGAUUGUCCAGGGGAGAACGCGCGGCAGCUGGCCAGGGUUGUGUGUGCCACCGUGCUGGCGGGAGAGCUCUCACUGAUGGCAGCUCUGGCUGCCGGCCACCUGGUCAAGAGUCACAUGACACACAACAGAUCCAAGGUGAACCUACAGGAGACUCCAGGAACGUGUACAAACAAAGCCUCCUGAGAGCCACAGAGCAGCCUGGCCUCCUGCGGUGAGCCCGGGUUACUGAAUGGAGCACUGAACCCAGGAACAUAUGGACAAUAUGAAAGGGACUCAUCAUUCACCGAGACCUCAGACGUCUUUCAAGUGCUUUCAAAGAGACACUGAAGUGUCUUCUAACCAAUCUCUAUGCUGGAUAUGGAACGCUAAUCAGACUUUUAUUUGGGAGUAUAUUUGUUUAAUGUAUCUGUCUGUGUUUAUGGGUCAGCUAAGAGCACUUCAUUACUGACUGUUUUUUAUUUUAAGAAUGCUGUCAGACCUUUGGGACAUUUUUGGUAUCAAAUGAAAUAUUUCUGCUGUCCUGUUGCCAAAUGGAGGACUGUGAACACGGACACAAUGAAUGUUGAAUGUGUGUGGCAACUUAAAAGCUAUGCUGCUCACUACAGCUCUGUUUCAUCUGAUGUCCUCACUAGGGCACUUUGUGGCGCGACCAAGGACACACACUGUCAGUUAUGUACUGCGAGGCAGAUUGGAGUCCUGGUUCAGCCACAAGACAAAAAGAUGAAACAUGACUGACAUCAGGAAUGAAUAAAUGAAUAUAUGAAUGACUGAUAAUCUGGACAUAAGAGGCACUUAAAAAACUUAGGGCCAUAUCUGCAAAAGGACUGAGUUGCUUUUGUGGCUGCUAAACCUGUGCAAAUAAAGGAAAAGAUCUGCGCAAUCCGCACAGCACGCGCAAAGGCUGAAAUGCACGCAAACUGCAGACAGCGUCCUGGCUUUACCUGUUCCUUUUGCAUGCCUGCAAAUGAUGGAAUAUUGAAAAUUUUCAGCACAAAAUUGCCCCUUUUCUAGGCAAAUAAGCCUCAUUGCAGUUACCUUCUAUUUCACAAACACCAACACUAAUUGCAGCAGGCAGUUACAGUGGAACCAUUUAAUGCUACUGAGACAUGUUAAUUAAACAGACGCAGUUUCUCUCGUUUCAAAGCUGGUCUCUGCAAGACUUUGUGCUUUCUGCAGUUUUCAGUAUGUAUCAAUGUGGGUUCCGAAAUAUGGAGAAAAGCUUGACACACUGGGAAAAGAUCCGUGUACUCAAUUAAAUGCUAAAGGAAGGCAAAAUGUGCUCAGCUGCCAUAUCAUUGGUGUAAAUUCUUUUGUGGACAGGGUGCUAAAAAUGGGGCAAAUCACCAGUUCUAAUUCUUCGCAAAUCAUGGUGCUGUUAGUGGGUGCAAAUCAUUAUUUGUGGAUCCGGCCCAUAGACUGCAAGCCUCACUGAAAGGCUAAGCUCAACUUGAGGAUAAAUAAAGAAGUCUUCAGGUGCCAGUACUGCUGAUGUGAUCAUGCAACAAAUCAUUAGUCCAUUUCUGUUUGGAAUACGCUGUAUCAUUACCAUAAAGGAACAGAACCAA